UUAUGGUUUUGUUUGUUUAUUCUUAUCUAGACGUAUUAUCUACUGGUCGAUCAGCUGCUUUUAUGGUGUUUUAUUAGAAAUUUGCUUGCAGAUGAUGUUCAAUUUCAAAAUGUAAUGUGUCAGUUCGAAAAAUGGCUAAUUUAUGAAUGGGCGAACUGGUAAAUAAUAUGAUACACAUCACAUCAAAUAAUUGACUAGAGUACAACUUGCAUUGCAAAAUUGUUCCUUUGAUUUGCCAUGUGAGCAUCGUCGCUCUGAGCUGUUGCAGUACAAAAAUUGGCACAACACAAACAAGAGGACACAAGCCACCAUGCAUCAACGUUUCUUGCUCGUAUUUUACUUUCUAAGUGUCACCACAUUUCUGCCCUUGACAGCAACCUUUUCCAUUGCUGACUGGAUCUGGAAGCAAAAGGAUGAUUUAGCGGCCAGCUACUUGGCAAUGAUUAACAGUGGUCAUAUUAACCACGAAAAGAUUGAGCUCCCUGAAGUGCCUUUCGAGACCUCAUCAAAAGAUGAAAGAUUCCUCCAAGAAGCCCAGUAUUUUGGUUUGUCUCUGUCUUCGCCUCUAGAGAAAUGUCAGCAGUCCAUCGUGUUCAAAUUGAAAUCCUCCUGCUCUUCUUUGACUGAAGAACAACUUGGCUUAUUCAGUGUUGAGUUGCUGAACUGUCAACUGAAGUAUGAAGGGCGAUAUGAGUUCCAGUGCACAGAGCCUAUGUCUCUGAGGGCUUGCACCAGCAGCAUGGACCAGGAGACUUGGAACUCUUACCAGUUAAUGAAUAACCGCGCUCGAUCCCUGUGCGUGGCUCUUAGAACAGCCCAGUUCAACGCCAUGACAGAAAUGACCAUCAACAAACUUAUGGCAUCCACCAAAGGGCACAUUGAAUCGCUGCAGGCUCUCAAGGCUGAGCAAGAAACUAUGAGUACAAGUACAGAUGAGCUGGUGAACAAACUGAACCUGGAGCAAAGCAACUUUCUGCACAAGCAGCUGAUGCUGAAGAAACUACAGAUGCAAACUGAGCAUUUCGUGAGGAACAGACUACGAGACUUGGCCUACGAAAGAUCCCUAGUCUCGUCAAUCCAAAGACAGCUUACUGCAACUGCAAACAUGGUCAGCAAGAAGCUGUUUGAUGCCAAUGAUGAAAUAGAGAAACGCAAUGGUGAGUGGGAAAAUCACCACAACAGACUUGUGGAUGAUACGAAUAAGCUUCACAAGUGGGUGAAAGAAAUUUGGCAAGAAAUUGAAAGAGGAACGGAAAAAAUGAAAAGUCAACAUGCUUCUACGCUGCAACUCAACGAGGCAACACUGCAGAGUCUGCAGGCAAUCAACGCUUCCGUAUUGUACUUCCAAAACUUAUUUUCAACGACGCACAGAGAAAUUAACACAAGACUGACUACUAUUGUAGAAACCCUUGGAGGGUCAGAUAAUUACAUCAACGCCAUCACGCAUUUCGGAUACCUAUUCCUAUCUAUGCUGCUCAUCGCCUUUGUCGGCGCUCCUUAUUACACGAAGGUGAUCCUGAUUCUGCUGCUUUCGCUCAACAUAUCCAUACUCACCACCAACGUCGCGGAGGCUCCUGUCAUUCCACUGCCUGCUGUGACGUUCCUCAUUGUUUUUGGCACUUUGGUGUUCAAAACUAUUGGCUUCAUAAUCCAGCUGAUCAAAACGUGGACCAAACAGUCAAGCCAUACCGUGAGGCCUGUGCCUAUGAAAGGUUCCUUCUCGCGAUUCAAGAAUUUAGAGCUGUGGACUAAACUUGCGCCUUUUCUUGGUUAUGACGCAGCGAAAAGAGAUUACGUCAGGCAGGUCCAGGACGAUGACGACUCAUCUAGUGACAGUGACAGUGGACUUGCGGAAGAGUCUGAGCAUGUUGUAGCACCACUUGUGAGCCGCCAACCAAACUUGGUGAGGAGAUCUUCCGUUUCUUCACGGCAGUCUCAAAACUCUACACCAUCACGCGCAGGAACCCCUACCAGACCACUCUGCAGCGCAACUUGCGUAAACGGACAACCUUGCAGGAUGUUCGCAACCACAUCCCAAGGUACUUGUUCUCGACACAGUUCCUAGCCAAUCGUGUACUCAAAUCAAAGGAACUAUAAUUGUUGUUGUACAAUUUCAUAUAUAUUUUGUUUAGAUUUUAGAUCAUAUUUUGCUGAACUUAAUAUUCUAUGUCAGUGUUUUCAAUGUCUUAUUACUGGACAGUAAAUUAUAGAAAAGCCAGGGUGACUCAUUGCAAUUAAAAAUCCUUGAUAUUUCAGGCAAAUUUAAGCAGUCUAUAUUUUUCAAUUUUGAUACAAAUAAAUGCUAGCAGAUGAUCAGAACCAGCCUGGAUUAUUCAUCCUAUCGUACUUGGUCGCGUGGAUCUUGACGCUGUUGAAUAUUUCUUCAACAUUUCUGUUCUGACCAAAGUAGUCCACAAAUUCCCCAUCAGGGUUCACUAAGUACAUGAUAAUCGUGUGGUCCACCUGAAAAUGACAAAUAAAUGUAAAAUAUAAAUCUUCCCUGAAAAAUAUUUAGUUCUUACGAUAUAAUCAUUCUCUUGAUCUCUGGGACCGGCACUUGAAUACACACGGUACGCCUUGCAAACUUCAUCAAUCUCCACUCGGUUGCCCGUGAGUCCCAAGAGCCGUGGCGAGAACUCGGCAGUGUACUUUCCAACAACCUCAGGUGUGUCUCUUUCGGGAUCAACAGAGAUGAAAAUUGGCUGCACCUUUAAUUUGUUGUCCUUGUCUUAAAAUCAAAUAAAAUUCAUUUAAAUUUAAA